AUGCGUCGUGUUACUAAAAAGUUACUGAUCUUUUUGUUGGGUGUAUUGUUUACUUUUUUUUAUUGCGAGUACUUGAUUUAUUAUGUCGUUGUGUAUCAAUGCGCAUGGCCAUUAGUGAAUACAACGAAUGAUAAUUUGAAGGCAUUGAUAAUUGCCGACACGCAUUUACUUAGCCCGAGAAAAGGACACUGGCUAGACAAAUGGAGACGAGAGUUCCAGAUGCAACAAGCGUUCACGGCUAUCAUUACGGCACAUAAUCCAGAUGUCGUAUUUGUGUUAGGUGAUCUGUUUGACGAAGGUGAAUGGAGCAACGAAAGACAAUUUGAGGCGUAUGCCGCAAGAUUUUUCAAUUUGUUCUCGGUACCAAGUAAUACAUCCAUGUAUGUCGUUGCUGGUAACCAUGACAUAGGAUUCCAUAAUUUUAUAAGGCGUAAUUCUGCUGAAAGGUUUGUGAAGUUAUUGCACGCACCUGCCGUCCAAUUUCUUACUCUGAAAGGAAAUAAUUUCGUACUUAUAAAUUCAAUGGCUAUGGAGGGUGAUAAUUGUGAACUUUGUACGGAAGCAAGAAGUUAUAUUGACGAUAUACCUAAGAAGCUGAAUACAAGUAACGUGGAAUCCAAUGUUAGCCAACCAAUUCUUAUGCAGCAUUUUCCACUGUAUCGAGUAUCUGAUGCUGCCUGCACGGAACCAGAUGCCCCGCCACUGCCAGAAAGAAACAAACCGUUUAGGUCACGAAUCGACGCGUUGUCAAAAGAAUCGACGCUAUAUCUCGUAUCCAAGAUCAAACCGAGAGCAGUUUUCGGAGGGCACACUCAUCACGGAUGUUUAAUUCAUCAUUCCUAUGAAGACUUGAAAUCAAAUUUUUUUGAAUAUUCUGUGCCAUCGUUCUCAUGGAGAAAUAGGUCUGACCCAAAAUAUAUGCUGGUAACAAUCGCUCCUUUCGUUUAUGCUGUGAAUAAAUGUGGCUUGCCACAGGAGCCCACCAUAAUAUUAACGGCUAUCGUACUUAUAUUCAUCUUGAUAUAUUUCCUAAUGAGGAGGAAAUCCAUAGGAAGAGGUUACUGA